AAUGAUCAGUUCACUUAGAUUAUGUCGUAACAUACUUAAACAAGCUCCAUUAAGUACUGUUUAUGAAGUUAGAGAAAUUGGAAUUAAUGAGCGGUGUACUAAUGGUGAUGAUUUAAGUGAAGAGUUUACUUUAUCGUAUCAUCCAUGCGGAACAGCAAAAAUGGCACCGGAAUCUAAAGAUGGAAAUACGAAUGCACCUACGGCUAUGGUUGCUUGGAGAUCGAGUCGGUUAAUUGCAGGAUUAUAUGAGAAAGAAUUAGAUGAAUUAUAA